AGACAGAAACUGCUAUCAAAUCAUAUGCCCCAUCCCAAAAAACAUCGCGAUACAUUUUGACCUACGGACCAUGGACCCAGAAGUUAGUAAACUGCUCGCGACGGUAACAAGUCUCGGCGAGACUGUAAAGAAGCAUGCAAGCACCGACAAGGAGAGCCCCGCGAGCCGCGAGUCAAGGAGAGAGCUUCUGAGCGCGGCGCGACAAUUGACCAAUGAGUUGCAAAAUGAGGGCCAAAUUGUAGAAGGAUACUUGUACGGGACGAUCGACCCCCUGUUGCUUAAGAUGGGCAUUGACCUGGGCAUUUUCCGGAAACUGGUUGACAGCUCCACGCCCGUGACACUUGGGGAGCUAAUGUCGGUCUCAGGGGCCGACGAGGUGCUGUUGGCUCGCAUCAUGAGAGGGCUUUCUUCAAUUCAUGCGGUGCGUGAGGUCGGGGUUGAGCUUUAUGAGCCUAAUAAGGUCACCCGUGCUUUUACAACGGUCAAGGGCCAGUCAGGGCUGGAUGUUUUUCACAACAUAAACCAUCCCGGCUGGCAGUCCCUGCCGGAAUGUCUUCGAGCAACUGGCUACAGAAACCCCACAGAUCCAGCUAAGAUGUGGUUCGGCAGACAGUUCAACGGAGAGCCUUACUUCGAUUGGCUGGGGAAACGCCCAGAGCUUCUCAGUUCGUUCCACCGAUUCAUGUCGACGCAGCGGGACGGACAUGCCCACUGGCUCGACUUUUAUCCGUUCCAGCAACAGCUACUUCCUGACUUUGACGCCGGGGAUCCUGAUGCCGUCUUUAUGGUCGAUGUGGGUGGUAGCGUAGGCCAUGAGAUCCAGGAAGUCAAGAGACGCUAUCCAGGCAUCCCAGGACGCAUGGUACUGCAGGAUGUUCCGGCCACGAUUGCGCGAGUAGACCCUGAGAAUGGCAUGGAGGCCAUGGCGCAUGACUUUUUCACACCGAACCCGAUCAAGGGCGCUCGAGCAUACUACCUCCGCAACGUGCUGCAUGACUGGGACGAUGACCGCUGCUGCGUGAUUCUGAAGCAUAUCCGAGACGCCAUGACGCCGGGAUAUUCUGUGCUUCUCAUAAAUGAGUUCAGCAUACCGCGCAAAGGCGCCUGUUCAUUCGCCACCCACUCCGACUUUAUGCUCAUGGCUAUCAAUGCUGCUGUGGAGAGAACUGAGCAGCAGUGGUACCAUCUUAUGAAGUCAGUCGGCCUGCAAAUCAAAAAGAUAUGGACGCUGGAGCCGGACACUGAGAGUCUGCUGGAGGUUACACGUGUGGACUAGGGCUAAAAGGCUGCGAUUGAUUUCUUUGGAGAGCGUGGACGCUAAGAUUAAUUUCUUUUGUCCAAUUUGCGUUGUCCUGUACAUGGAAGAGGGCUUCUAUCUAUAUAUUUCUCAAUAUAUAUUUCGACGUGAA